UCACACGGUAAAAUAUUACAGCGGUAUCUUCGACGAGAUGACAUGCUUUGAUUAGGAUUCUUUUGCUACAAGCUUCAAAUCAAAGGUAUCGCUUAUCACUCGCCAGUCAGCUUUGAUAGCAUUUGUAACUGUCUCGUGUUGUGAAAGUAACGCUGCCGAUAUUGAACUAAACCGGGCCGAAUGUAAACGAAACUAGAACCGAAAAGCUCGUACGAAGUUUCCGGGUUUGCAAAUGACCGCGGAUCCGAUAGCAAACCCGACGCUGACAAAAGCAAUAACGCUGAAGGGAAAUGGAAGCAGACUUAACAUGUUUUCUGAUGAAGAGAAGGCUAUUACUCAUGAGAGUAAACAAGACGUGAAUAAAUUGAUCAAUUUGAGCUUAGUUUUGAUGAACAGUGUCGAAGAAAUCCCAGAUGAAGACGCUGCUGCGUACCGCGGAAGUACGCGGACACCAGAAGAGGACACACUACCCAUUGAAAGUGCACAAGGUUUUGACGACUGGUGGAACCAUUCCUCAGUUCGGCUGUACCAAACAGAUGAAGAGGAACAGCUUCCUUAUUGGCUCGACUAUACCGAGCACAUAGACAGUAAUGUCUACAACAAUGAAGUUAACGACCCUUUUGGCUCAUUAAAAUUCAAAACUGUUGUCUCAGAUCAUGACAGCGAUCAGUUGAAUUCCCCUUAUGGUCACGAACAUGGUGAGGUCAACAUAACAACUAAGACAGACCAGAGAAUACAAAGUUUGAAGGCUUUGCUGGCGGAGCAAGAGAAGACAAUUAGCCGGCUGAGGAGUGAAACCAUUACGAGGCUUCCCGAGUCAAAAGAAGUUCUUAGGAUAUUAACACAAGAGCAGUCCGACUGCGGUCAAAAUGAGAGGAAUAUGCCAAUUACUCAAACUUGUCACUCAUAUGAAACAAAGAAUCAUUUUUGCCAAGAUCUCAGAAGCGCAAAUCGUAAACGGAUAGGCCCAGAAGAUACAGGUUUGUCGAACUCAAAGCGAUAUCGCUACAAUCUUAGAAAAGAUGUUCCACGGCAAUUUAGAACUAAUUUUGAAAAGAAAACCGGCAAAGUAAAAAGGUUUCCCAAACACGAUUUUAUGACUGAGUGCGUCCACUUUCCAGACGUAAGGAAAGAUGACCUCACGCAAGAGGAGUUCUUGUCUUCUCUUGGACUUUUAAGGAGCACCAAUAAGUUAAGUGGAACUAGUUGAUUUAAUGGCAAGGAUGAAAAGUCUUUCCAAUUUCGAGUACCAGUGCAAGGAUUCAGGAUAAUUUAAUUCUGUAGCAGCCCACACCUCGGAAGGAAAUGGUGUCUAAGGGCAAUCCUGACAGAAACCAGGCAAAAUAAGUGGGGGACAAAGGGAAAAGAACGGGAAGAAACUAAGUUUUGUUUCCUUGCAACAAAGCAACAGUUAAAAUAAUUCAUAGGAAAACCGAAUGUCAUAAUUCGAGAUGCGUGACAUCUUCAAUUCCAGAUCGAUGGUCGCAGCCUCGCAACAAUCUCACUGGAAAGCAACCUUUUAUAUAUAUAUAUAUAUACGAAAUACGGAAAAAAAUCCGGUUUAAUUCUGCUAAUCAGACCUUGUCGUUAACCAUCACCUAACAAAACUUCAUGAUAAUCCUGAGUCAUCGUGAUUAUCGUACUUGAAAAAUAAAUCGCCCUCGUGGAAAUACUCCGAAACAACUGGAUGUGACGUAGACGGUAAGGGCCGAUGUGUCUUACUUUAGAGAUUAUCAAAGCCGGAAGCUUUCAGCUGCUUACGGAUUAAGGCAUGAUUGUAUAACUUUCAGUUUGGUUGGGGUUACAAACUGUAUCGUUCGUUAUCACAGUU